GACAUAUUUUUGUUGCAACACACAGCCAUCAUGGAGGCGGAACGAAUUUUAGAAUAUCUGACCGAAGUUGAAGAGGCGGCAGAGGAUGUUCUUGCAAACAAACAACAGAUCGUGGAUCUGGACACGAAGCGGAAUAUGAACAGGGAAGCGUUGAAUGCUCUGAAACAUGAGAUGGCAUCGGAAGAGAAAGUGAAGGUUUGCUUUGGAAACAUGUUCAUCAAAUUCCCCAAAGCAAAGACUAAAGAGAUGAUACAGAGGGAUCAGGAGCAGCUUGACAAGGAGAUCAACAACCUUCGCCAAGCCCUGAAAGACAAACUCAACCGCCUCAAUGAACUGCAAGGGAAGCCGGAGCUCACAGGAUACAACCUGUCUCCUCUGUCCAGUGAUGAGGUGAGGUCCAUCAACCACCUGAUGAAGAGAUGAGGCUAUGGUUUAGUUUGGGUCUGACCCAAUGGUGGCUGGUGGUGCUGUUUAUCAGAGGACCGGCUCUGGUCUGACCCAAUGGUGGCUGGUGGUGCUGUUUGUCAGAGGACCGGCUCUGGAACGGAAUAAAUGGAACCGUAUCAAACACAAAAA